AUGGGGUGCGCGGCGAGCGCGGCGGCGACGGCGCUCCCGCCGCCGCCGCCGCCGCGCGCGGAUCGCGUCGACGCCGAGACGUCCCGCGAGCCGCCGCCGCGCGCGGAUCGCGUCGACGCCGAGACGUCCCGCGAGCCGCCGCCGUCCACGCCGUGCGGCGGCCCGCCGCCGCCGCCGUCGUCGUCGCGGCUGUUCGACGCGAUCCGACGGUCGCGCCGAUCGUCGAGCGACGCGAGCGCGUCGUCGUCUCGCGCGUCGUCGUCGUCGUCCUCGCCCGCGAUCUCGCGGAUCGGCCGAGGUCGCGGGCGGUUUGGCGACAGCCCGAUGACGCACGUGCGCGACGACGCGUACUACGCGUCUCGGCUCGCGCACCGCGCGCGGCGGCGGCGGCUCGAUCACGACGACGACAUCGACUGGCGCGACGACGACGACGGCGGCGGAGGAGGAGAGGAGGGCGGGGCGAUCGAGCGAGCGACGAAGACGAAAAACGCCGACCGCGGUGGAAUUACGAGCGCUUCUUCGUCUUCUUCCUACUCGCCGCGCGGCGGCGACGGCAUCGCCCCGGCGUGGCGCGCGUCCGACUGCGUCGCGCUCGCGGAGGUCAAGGCGCACCACGGCAAGGACGCGGAGGCGCUCGUCCUCCUCGGCCGCGCGCUCGACGCGCUGCGCGUUGAGAAGGGCGACGCGCACGACGACACGCUCGCGUGCGCGAAAAGAGUCGCGACCGCGUUGAGAAAAGUCGCCGACGCGUCGUCUCGCGCCGAGCUCGAAGACGUCGUCGUCUUCGCGCACGACGCGCUCGUCGCGCGGCACGGCGCGAAAGACGCGCGGACGCUGAGCGCGGCGCACGACGUCGGCGUCGUCAUGCGCGAGUCGGGGCGAACGCGCGACGCGAUCGCGUGGUUCAAGACGUGCGUCGAGGGGAGGGCGGAGGUUUUAGGCGACGCGCAUCCGCUGACGUUGAGGUGCGUUCUAUCUCACACUGGUUCCCAUACGACCGCGUCGGUGUGGUGA